CAGCUGAAUUCUGCUCAAAGAUUCUGAAUCUGUCCCUGAAAUGAAAGUGUCCCUUUCAAAGCAGGAAGUUUGUGAAGAAGUAUCAUCUGAAAGGGAGCUGAUAAUAAGAAGACUUACAAAGGAUGAUUCCUGGAACUUCAGAUUGAUAAAAGCCUGGGAAUGUGGAGGCACAUUACAAAGGCAGCAGGGAAAAUGGCAAGUCAUAAUUAAACUCAAGAGAAACACUAUGGAGGAUCGUAAUGAAAUCAGGGAAGGUUCAAACACAAUUAAACAUCAGAAAGUUUACUCAGUGAAAAAGCCUUGGAAGUGCAGUGAGUGUGGCAAGUCCUUCAGUUACUACUCACCAGAGGAUUUAUCCUACACCAGAGGAUUCAUACAGGAGAGAAGCUCUAUGUAUGUUCUGAAUGUGGAAAGGCCUUCAGCUGAAGCUCGUCACUUAUCCAGCAUCAGAGAAUCCACACUGGAGAGAAAGCCUACGAGUGUCAUGAAUGUGGAAAAGCUUUCAGUCAUCGUUCAGCCCUUAUUCAACAUCAUAUCAUUCAUACCAGAGAAAAGCCCUGUGAGUGCAACGAAUGUGGGAAGGCGUUCAACCAAAGCACAUACCUUAUCCAACAUCACAGAAUACAUACCGGAGAGAAAUCCUAUAAAUGCAAGGAGUGUGGGAAAGCUUUCAAUGACACCUCAUCCCUUAUUCAACAUCAAAGGGUUCAUACUGGAGAAAAACCCUACAGAUGUAAAGAGUGUGGGAAAGCCUAUAGUGACAGAUCAGGCCUUACUCAACAUCAGAGAACUCACACGGGAAAAUCCGUAUGAAUGUAGUGAAUGUGGGAAGGCCUUCAGUUACUGUUCAGCUCUUAUUCAACAUCAAGGAACCCACACUGGGGAGAAACCUUACAAAUGUAAUGAAUGUGGGAAAGCCUUUCAUGACCGCUCAGCUCAUGUAGGACAUCAGAGAACUCAUACUGGAGAGAAACCAUGUAAAUGUGAUGAUUGUGACAAAGCCUUCAGCCAGAGUUCUCUUCUUGUUCAACACCAGACAAUUCAUGCAGGAGAAAAACCCUACAAAUGUAAGAGAUGUGAGAAAACCUUCAGUGUGCAUUCAGCCUUUCAUCAACAUAAAGAAAUUCAUGAUGAAUAGAAUGCAGCAAAUUCGUGAAAUAAUUAUGUAUU